ACCACCGUGAGUUUAACCAACUUGUCACCACUGGGUCUGAAAGCUUCAGAAUUCACCGGAUGACAGUGCCUGCAGACGAUUGAAGAUCCUCUAUUGUUCUUCAUAUCCACGGUCAAAUCCGUCGUAUCGAUGCACGCGGCAUUAUCGAUAGACCUUCUUAGAACCCCUUAGAACCGAAUGAGGCCUCAUGCAAUGAACAUGUCGAAUUAUUCCCACUAGAUCUCUCAGAUUGUGCGUCGCGCUCACUGCCUUCCUCGAUAAUAGGGUAUAAUGACUCGAUACCAGAGUUGCUGCACGACUCAUACGUCCAAUCUAAGCCUCGAAUGCCCAUGCUCAUGGUAUUGGCAUCACUGCGAUAAUCGUACCACUACAUGGGAGUUCCGUCAGACGACCUAUAAAGAUCAUCCCUUUACCCUCGAUCCUCAGUUUUUUUUGGUCUCACAUAAACCAGGUAAGUGAAUAUUGCUCGACAAAUACUCAGACAAUUCAUAUUGCCUUAGCUCUAUAGCAUGUCCGAAACUGUGAACGCUGAACUUCCGCAGUCUUCCAUUUGCAUCACGCUGUAUUCUCAUGGGGAUACUACCUAUCACUGGGCGAUCGUAGCACCUAUUGACCGUUACUAUGCUGCUAAGUUCCAUGCUACGAACCGAGGUUCAGCAGGUUGGCUUUACAAACCCUGGCAAUACAAAUCCGUCGACGAAGUGUUAUCAUCUUCUCGCACGGCUGUUGUGGUUGUGAAAAUUGGAGAGCUCGGCAGCAAUACCAUCGAUGCACUCAACAGUUUGCUCAAGGAUAUUCCUAUGACUAUUACCAACCCAGAAGAAGCUGAUGAGCCUUUCGGUACUAAGGUUUGGGUUCGCCAGGCCAUUCGUGCUCUCCAUCAUGCUCGCAUCAUCCACUGCCCAGAUGCGCGCAAACUUGAGGCUGAAGUUCUCGGCUAUGCUGACGCCAAUGAUGAGGAUAUCAUCCAUGGCAAGGGAGGUUUCAAAAUUCACGUCGCUGUUUCCUCGACUUAACGAUUUUGCGACGCUGACGAGCCCGGAGGAAGCAUAUUAAGUCUUGUGUUCAGUACACGAGCUGUGCAGAAUUCCAUGAUCCAAACACCCCCAAUGCAAAGCAAUCUUAUUCGUACAACAUUUGCUUUUGUAAUUUUACCCUUCUAACCUGCGUAUAAAUGCAUGUCGACAAAGAGAUUUCGAGACACCUAGGUGCAUGGUCAGUAAUUGCUUUUUAUC